GGAACAGGGAAAGGCACAAGGAAGAAGUCUUAACUGUAAAGAAAGCCCGCUUCUUCAUUAUGUUUUUUCUUGUUCAUCGGUCCACCCACAACAAUUCACUGAUAAUAGUUUAAUUUCCCUUCUGCGAGUCUUGAUUGGUUUUAUUCCACUCUGGGGUUGCUUCCUUUGUCAGCUUUUGGAAAGAAAUUAGCUAAAAGAUACUUUGGUUGUUGAUUCAUAGUUUGAGUAAUGGAGUUGAAUAUAGAGAUGGUAUAGAUUCUAGGUAUUUGGAUACAUCACCAUGGCCGAGAAACAGAGCUCUUCUGCCGCCAGAAAAUCUUUCUUUGCCUUGUUUUUGACCACCAUAGUGUUGUUCGUAUUAUCCUGGUUGUUUGUGUUGCGUUCAACGGGGCACCCUCGACCUUUGGAUCGUAAAGUGUUGCCAACUCAAAAGCUUCCCACUGUUUUCCACCAUGUCAAAUCCCAAUCAUCAAAUGGAUUAAGGCGAGCGAUUCUUGUAAACAAUGGAGGGAGAGAGGAAGAACCUCCAAAGAGAGAACAAGGGUUCCAAGAUAAAGAUGGGGCAAUGAAUUGCAAUGGCAAUGUUAAAGAACCACUUAAAAUUUUCAUGUAUGAUUUAGACCCAGAGUUUCAUUUUGGACUGUUGGAUUGGAAGCCCCAAGGUGGUCGUGUGUGGCCUGAUUUUAGAACUGAAAUCCCCCCUUAUCCUGGGGGAUUGAACUUGCAACACAGUAUAGAAUAUUGGCUCACACUGGACCUCUUAGCUUCUGAAAUUUCUGACAAUCCAAACAACAGAGUUGCAAUGAGAGUGCAAAAUUCCAGUGAAGCUGAUCUUAUAUUUGUACCCUUUUUUUCAUCAUUGAGUUAUAAUCGAUUUUCAAAGCAAAAUCCCCAUCAGAAGAAGAGCAUGAACAAAGUGUUGCAGGCCAAGUUGGUAAAGUUUUUGACGGCUCAAAAGGAAUGGAAGAUGUCAGGUGGAAGAGACCAUAUUGUUAUGGCUCACCAUCCAAAUAGUAUGCUUGAUGCUAGGAUGCAACUUUGGCCUUCAAUUUUCGUACUUGCUGAUUUCGGUAGGUAUCCAUUAAAUAUUGCAAAUGUUGACAAAGAUGUGAUUGCUCCUUACAAACAUAUGGUUGAAAGCUAUGCCAAUGAUACUUCCGAUUUCGAUAGCCGCCAAACUUUGUUGUUCUUCCAAGGUUCCAUUUACAGGAAAGAUGGUGGAUUUGCUCGACAAGAAUUGUUUUAUCUUCUAAAAGAUGAAAAGGACGUACAUUUCGCUUUUGGAAGUCUCAAAAACAACGGUGUCAGCAAAGCUGGCCAAGGCAUGCGCUUAUCCAAGUUUUGCCUAAACAUAGCAGGGGAUACACCAUCAUCGAACCGCCUUUUCGAUGCCAUUGCCAGCCAUUGUGUACCCGUGAUUAUCAGCGAUGACAUCGAACUCCCCUACGAAGACAUACUCGACUACUCGGAAUUCUGUAUAUUCGUUCGUACUUCAGAUGCUGUCAAAGAAAAUUUCCUUAUAAACCUCAUUAGGAGCAUAAGCAAGGAAGAAUGGACACAAAUGUGGGAGAAGUUGAAAGAAGUGGAGGCAUUGUUUGAGUAUCAAUAUCCAGCAAAAGAUGGGGAUGCAGUUCAGAUGAUAUGGCAGUCAUUAGCACGUAAGGUCCCUGGUGUUAAGAUGAAGAUAAACAAAUCAAGGAGAUACUCUGAUGCUGUGGUUCCUGGUAAAGAUGGAGGGUUGAGAAGUAUACCAGCACCAAAGAAUUUCUGGUGAGAAUUUAUGAUUUGAAGCAGAUUAGAGAUGAAUGUUUUUAGGAUAGGUUUAGGCAACUCUGUUCGUGUAAUAAUUAGAGAUGUACAUGGGCUGGCUCAUUUGGCUCGAAAUGUAAAAGGGUUUGAGUAAAAAUAUAAGCUCAGUUCAGAUUCAAAUUUUUUAAAAAAGAGAGACUGUUGUUUUGUUAUUUUCUCACUGUUUUAUUACCAUGUCACUAUUAUGUUAUUAUUGUUUAGAUAUUAUAGUGUUAUUUAAGUAUAACGAUUUUUUAAUUUAUUUUCAAUUUAUUGGA